CUCUACACCUUUCCAUUUUCAUCAAAGCAUUUAUCUAUUUUCUUGCUCUCUUUAUACUAUUACCUAACAACAAUGGCACCAAAAGCUGAGAAAAAACCUGCCGAGAAGAAACCAGCAGCCGAAAAAACUCCGGCAGAGAAGAAACCAAAGGCCGGAAAAAAGCUGCCUAAGGACGGAGGUGCAGCAGCCGGAGAUAAGAAGAAGAAAAGAUCCAAGAAAUCUGUUGAAACCUACAAGAUUUACAUCUUCAAGGUGUUAAAGCAAGUACAUCCUGAUAUUGGUAUAUCAAGCAAAGCUAUGGGUAUAAUGAAUAGUUUUAUUAAUGAUAUAUUUGAGAAGCUUGCACAAGAAUCUUCAAGAUUGGCUAGGUAUAAUAAGAAACCUACUAUUACUUCAAGGGAAAUUCAGACAGCUGUGAGACUUGUGUUGCCUGGUGAAUUGGCUAAACAUGCUGUUUCUGAAGGCACUAAAGCUGUUACCAAAUUCACUAGCUCUUAAUUUUUAGGGUUUGUG